AACGUUACGAUGAUCCCAGACUCAUUUGGAAACAGCGCUGCAUGCCACUGUGCUGCGCGCUUCUCAUUCCUAUUUCAUUGCAACCAAUAAUUUUGAUUUUAUUAAGUUCAAAAAGUGAAUUAUCUGGAAACAACGGCGUGUAGUGUAAGUGAAAAAAAAAAUGGAAAUCGAUCGCGAACAAAUCUUAGGAAAAGGAAGAUUUGGAAUCGUCUAUAUGGGUUCCUGGAAUCGCAUGCCAGUUGCCAUCAAGCGAAUUCAGCUGGUGCAUCUGGACAGCAGCGAAAAAGAAGAGGAAGCGCUACGAAACUUGAAGCAUCCAAACGUCAUCCAAAUUUAUCACGCUGAAAACGACACAGAUUUCAGAUGUUUUGCGCUUGAACUGUGCGAAGCCUCGUUGGACAAAUUAUUCCUCAAAGACGGCGACCCCCAAAAGUGUCGUAGACGAAUGCCACCACGAGAAGACGUUCUUUAUCAAUUGGCCCAGGGAUUAGAAUAUAUUCACAAAAUGGGAAUGACCCACCGUGACAUCAAGCCAGAGAACGUCCUUAUCUGGGUGGAUUCUAAGGAUGGCCAAGUCAUAAUGAAAUGGGCAGACUUUGGACUAAGCAAAAAAGUCAACGAAAGAGGAACUUUUACCAUGAGCGCAAUAAAAGGGACCGAAAAGUGGUUCGCACCGGAACUACUAAAAAUUAUAGAAGAAGGUUUGGAAGGAAGUACAUUGUCUUCACAUCAGCGAGGAACAGUCAAGAGCGAUGUUUAUGCUGAAGGCCUCGUCUUCGGUUAUUUCUAUCUAGACGGUGAACAUAUUUUCGGGAAUAUCCAUAGCAAAACGACUAUAAGUAAUAACAUAAUGAAGAAUAAUCCCGUAAACAUCAGCAAAAUUCAACCUACGCACGUUCACGAUCUCAUCCAGAAAAUGUUGGCCAGCGUACCAGAGAGAAGGAUCACUUCUUCAGAUGUCGUUAAACUACUUGCAGAAUAUAGAACUCAGGUUGUGCUACCUGGCAGCAUGUUGGAAAUCGAUUCCGAAAAGAUUUUUGAAAAGUCAGGUUAUGGCAUCUUAUUCGAAGGGGUCUGGGGAACGACUCGUCUUCCAGUGGCAGUCAAGCGGAUGCAAUUAAUCCACGUACUGGGCAAGAAACAAGAAGAAUCCUGGCUUAGUCUUAGUCACGACAAUGUUGUCAAACUGUUUCACGCAGAAAGUGACUCGAAAUUCAGAUAUUAUGCGCUGGAGUUGUGCCAAGCAUCGAUGGAUCAGAUCUUUCUGAAAGAUGGGGAUCCCAAAAAAUACCGCGGACCAAAGCCUCAAGCAGAAGAAGCUCUUUACCAGUUGGCCAAUGGACUGGAGUAUAUUCACAAAACCAAACUCAUCCACUGCGACCUGAAGCCCAAAAACGUCCUACUCUUGACAGGAAAUUCGUCGACUGUUGUCAUGAAAUGGACCAAUUUCGGAUUAAGUAAACAAGUCGACGAAAAUGGAACUUGCCUCAUCAAUGAAAUCAAAGGAAAUGAAUGGCUAGCCUGGCUAGCACCCGAAAUUUUACAAAUGCUCGAAAACGAAGAGAUUAAUCAAUCAGAAAAUCAGGCGACAUUGCUUUGGGAAUAUAACACAUUCAAAAGCGAUGUCUUUGCCGAAGGACUUGUUUUCGGAUAUUUUCUUUUAGAAGGACUUCAUCCGUUUGGGGCAAUCGUGCACAAGAUUCCAGCUAACAUUGACAAAAACGAUGCGGUUAACCUGAAUAAAAUCGAACCUUCACCUCUUUCUGAUUUAACUUUGAAAAUGUUGGCCCACCACCCAGAGGAUAGAAUGACGUCAUCGGACGUCAUUGAAGAAUUGAACGUUAUCAGGAAACUUCGAUUUAAGGAAAUGGAAAAGACACUAUUUGCAUUGUGCACAAAACCAACUCCAAAUUUAAAGAAAAUGGAAAAUUUAGUGAACCAAGGCAUCAGCGUCAAUUGCCGCAAUCAACAAGAAUUGACUCCACUGCUGCAAUUAUUAGCCAAUGGGGAAGCGUAUCAUCGAGAAAAUUUCGUCGACAUUAUUCGCUAUUUUGUAGCAAAGGAAAUCGACUUGAAUGUUAAAAACGCGUACGGAGAAAACGCCCUUCUCAAACUGAUUGUCCAGUAUCCAAAAGACGAUUUGAUCGACAUUGUUAAACUCUUCAUCGAUAACGGCGUCGACAUUAAUUGCAAAAACAAAUACGGCACUAAUAUCCUGCAUUAUUUGUGCGAGUACUAUUUGCAUGAUAAUUUAAUCGACAUUAUUCAACUUUUGAUUGAACAGAAAGUCGAAAUCAAUUGCAGUCACGAUUACGGAUACAACGCUUUGCCCGUGUUGUGUCGCAAUUACAACAAAGAUAAUCUGUUUGACGUAGUCAAACUUUUGAUUGAAAACGGAAUAGAAGUCCACUGCAACCCAAACAACGACGGUAAUGCCCUCAACAUCGUUUGCCGAUAUUAUAAGAAAGACAACAUGAUUGACAUCAUCCAACUUCUAAGCUCGAAAAAAGGAGGUGAACUUAAUGGCAGCAGUUUACCAAAUGGUUCAUCGACGAAAGCAACUAAAAGAAGACACGAUUGACCAACAUUUCUAACAUUCGCUUGUCUGAAUUGUCUUGUCAGUGUAAGCUGCAAAUUAAUUUGUGAAUUUGCAGAAAUAACAGGGCUCUACAAUAAAAUGAAAAUCCUU